AUGGCGUCUGUUGCGACUGACUAUAUCAGCGUGGGAGGGAACCGGCACCCGGGGGCUGCAGAUUGGGAUGUUCAGUCGGGCGUGCUCGCCUUUGGUGCGGACAAUAAUGUCGCCUUGUGGGAGCCUAUGGAUGACUCUCACAGGGGCGUGUAUGCCCUACUCGUGGGCCAUUCCGACAAAGUCAGCGUCGUUAGAUUUUACACCUGCCCCGCCUCAGGGACGAAGUUCCUCCUCACCGGCUCCGUCGAUCGUACAAUCAAAGUAUGGAAACAGGAAUAUGGGAAUUUGCGCAACUACAAUCAAGUCGCGUCCCUUAAGGGGCAUGAUGGAACGGUGAACGCGAUUGCCGUGGCGGAUGGAACGGAUAUCGUUGCGACUGGAGCUGCAGAUGGAACAGUACGGAUCUGGAGAAUCAGUGCGCAAGGCGAAUUGAAGUGCGAAUCAGUGGAGACAAUCACUAUGAAGCCUAGGUUCUUCCCGCUGACUUUGGCUUUGCGGGUUCUCGAGGGAGACAAUGGCAAGCCUUUGGUGCUGGCUGUCGCAGGCACUACCACGAGUGUACAGAUCUAUGCAGCGGAAUCGUCCGUCGACAAGCCGAAUUUCCAACGUCGGGCCGUGCUUUCGGGUCACGAAGCUUGGGUUCGAUCGCUUUCAUUCACGCAAGACAAGCAAGGAAAGACCAAUGAUCUCUUGCUUGCCUCUGCUAGUCAAGACAAGUACAUUCGCUUGUGGCGACUAUGUCAGGGUGAAGCACUGGUCUCGGCCGAGGUCGAUGAAGACGAUCCUCUAUUGGGUGGUAUGGAGCCUACCCUCUCCAACAAGGCCCACGAGUUCGAAGCAGCUGGCUCAAAAUACUCGAUCACAUUCGAAGCCCUUCUUUUCGGAAAUGAAGAUUGGAUCUACACUACAGCAUGGAACCCCGAUCCGGCGCGAUCACAGCUGCUGACUGCAUCGGCCGAUAACACUAUCACAAUUUGGGAACAAGAUCCAGCAUCCGGUGUCUGGAUGUCAGGGGAGAGAAUGGGAGAGAUUAGCACGCAGAAGGGUUCGACUACUGCAACUGGCAGUGCCGGUGGUUUCUGGAUCGGACUUUGGUCACCAGACGGCAAGCAAGUGGUCAGCCUUGGGCGCACGGGUAGUUGGAGAGUGUGGCAGUAUGACUCUGAAGCCGAUAUUUGGGUUCAGAAGUUCGGCAUCUCGGGCCAUGUGCGGUCAGCCAACGGUGUGCAAUGGGAGCCCAGCGGUGGCUAUCUACUUUCCACCAGUGCUGACCAAACUACACGCCUUCAUGCUCAAUGGUUGCGUGAUAACAAGCGCUCGUGGCAUGAGUUUUCUCGCCCUCAGAUUCACGGAUACGAUUUGAACUGUAUUGACACUUUAGGGCCUGCACAGUUCGUGUCUGGUGCAGAUGAGAAACUUCUUCGGGUCUUCAAUGAACCCAAACAGAUCGCAGAGCUGCUCGAGAAAUUGACUGACUUCCGACAAGCGAUUGAGGGAGACAUGCCAGACACAGCUGAGAUUCCAGUCUUGGGUCUUUCCAAUAAAGCUCAAGGAAAUGAAGCCCCCGUUGAAGAAACCGAGGGCUCCAGCGGUGCAGCACCAUCGGCUCCUCCUGCUUCCUUGUCGACCGACUCCCCACCACUUGAAGACCAACUAUCUCGAUAUACUCUGUGGCCCGAGCACGAGAAGCUCUACGGGCACGGAUACGAAAUUUCCGGCGUUGCCGUGAGCCACGACCGCACACUCAUCGCCACUGCUUGCAAGGCCAGCUCCGUCGAUCACGCAGUCAUUCGUCUGUAUGAUACAUCAGACUGGCACGAGAUCAAGCCUUCUCUGACAGCACACUCCCUCACCAUCACCGACCUAUCAUUCUCCGACGAUGACAAAUUCCUCCUUAGUGUGGGUCGAGACCGCCAAUGGGCCGUCUUUGCUCGAAAUGAACAGUACCCAACCACAUUCACCAGCUGGUCCACAAACCCCAAGGGCCACUCUCGAAUGAUUCUGGGCGCUGCCUGGGCCCCAACCACCACCGAACGUAUCUUCGCCACAGCCGGUCGUGACAAGUCCGUCAAGAUCUGGCAAAAGACCGAAGAUACAUUUGCCUGCAAGACUACGAUUACCUUGACAUCUGCAGUGUCGGCGGUUGCAUUCUUGCCCACCCCUUAUAAAAACAACUUCAUUCUGGCUGCAGGAGAAGAUAGUGGCGUCAUCUCUAUCCACAGAAUUGAUAUCGAGAACCUCGAGGCCCAACACAUUGUUACUAUUGAUCCGCUGAUUGCCCCUUCAAAGACAAUCACUCAAUUAUCAUGGAGACCUGUGCCUGUCGCCGAUGUGGAUAACAGGACUCGCUUCGAACUUGCUGUGGCGAGCGAAGAUACGUCCACUCGCAUAUACGCUAUCUCUAACAUAUUCCCAUGA